AUGCCUACCCCGUCGCCCGACUUUUACAUGCAUCCGGGGCCCUACGCGACGGCCCAUGCGCCUCCCCCGCAUCAGCCCGGCCCCGUGGCCAGCUACUCCAUGACGCCGGGCUCCCUCCCCAGCCAGUCGGCCCCCAAUCCGUACCUGCCCUCCCCCGCCGCCGUGGCCGCCAACCCCAUCGCCAUGGGCGCCAAGAACGACGAAUAUCAGGCCUUCCGCGCCGGCCCCUACGGCGGCAGUAUGGACAGUGUCAGCCACAGCGCGCUGUCCUCCAGCAUCCCCGGCAUGAGUACGGGGCUCGCCUCGUCCUAUAGCGACCGCACGCGCUCCACCUCGGAUCACAGUCCGUCCGCCUACCGCAACUCCUCCAUCUCCUCACGCAGUGUCGCGACGGACGCGACCUCCCCCAUGGAUCCCGCCACCCCGGGCACCUAUUCCCGCAGCAGCUUCAGCAUCCCCGGCCACAUGGACGGCAGCAAUUCCAGCACUCCGAUCGACUCGCGCGGGAUUGGGCCGCUCGAUCCCAAUGUGCCGCGGCGCGAUUCCAACCCCGUCCAUCCGUCCUAUUAUACCUCCGAUCGAAGCCAAUAUUACGUGCAUGCGGCGGCGCCCGUCAAUCACCCCCACUACGCGACCGCCCAACCGCUCUCCAAUUGGGGCACCACGGCCCCCGCGCAGCCUCAGAUUUGA